CUUGCUUAAAUGUUAGAGAUAAACGGUGCAAGAAAUCCUAUAAAAGUGAGCGGAUUUUGCGGUGUCUGAUACCAAGCCACAUUUCGACGGAACUGGCAGAUAUCACCAUGCAAGCUACACGCCUUGUCUUCGCUCUGCUCUUCGGAGCUUUGCUGAUUGGAUCAUGCAUCGCAAAACCAUCAAAGAAGGGGCGUCAUCAAGCCCGCCAAGGUAUACCCUGCGAUAGCGACUCGUUCGUCUGCAACGAUGGAACAUGCAUCUUCAGUUUUUGGGAGUGUGACGGCUGGGAUGAUUGCAGUGGUGGAGAGGACGAGGCCAACUGCCCAUCAAGUUCAGGUUGCGGCGCAUUUGAGUUCACCUGCAACGAUGGAUCAUGCAUCCCCAGCUAUUGGCAGUGCGACAACUGGGAUGACUGCAGCGGUGGAGAGGACGAGGCUGGGUGCACGUGUGAUGAUGAUGAAUACACUUGCAACGACGGAUAUUGCAUCCCCAGUUACUGGGAGUGUGACGGUUGGGACGAUUGCAGUGGUUCAGAGGACGAGGCCAACUGCCCGUGCGAUUCUGAUGAUUACGUCUGUAACGAUGGAAGUUGCAUCCCUGGUUAUUGGGAAUGUGACUACAUAGUUGAUUGCAGUGGUGGGGAGGACGAGGCUAACUGCCCCAGCGACUCUUCGAUGUUUUCCUCCAUGUUCUCCAACCCCUGUCCAAUGGGUGAGUUCCCCUGCCUGUACACCGACGAGUGCAUCACUUAUGAUGACUUGUGCGAUGGUGAGAACGACUGCAGCGGUGGCGAGGACGAGUCUGAGAUAGUCUGCUCCAUAUUCGGCGACAAUUCCAAGAGAGCUCCUAAGAAGAGGUGGGAGAAAUUGGCCCGAAAAGUGGAUCAAAAGAAGAGGGCCAUGCGCAAGUAAACUCACUAGAGGUUCAUUCGACCGGGAAGGACGGCCAUGCUACAGGAUCUUACAACGGACAAGUAAACAUUAGUUUCCGCUGCCACAAGAUAUCGAUAAUUAGUCGUAGUCCUAAGACAUUUACACUUUCUGCCUUUUCAUUAUUCAUGGGUCAUUUGGAAUGUUGAUUGUCACAUUUAUCUUUGAUUGAAAUGACUACGACUUUUAAUUCACUUAAACAUCAUAUUCUAGUUUCUUCAAAACGAAACUGACAACAUGGUCAUACCAAGCCAGAAAUAGUGUAAUAACAUAAAUAUAUAGGCACAUGCAUGCCGAGAGGAUAUUCCUCCUGACAAUGUCAUAUUUAAACAUCUUAAACUUAUCCGGGACAGUCUAGUUUUCCAAACAUUUGUCCUUACUUGUACAGGAACAUUAUAUAAUACCUCCGUAAUCGAACACGGCUACCAACUUGCUUCAAAUUUGAACUGAUCAAGAACAUUCCAGUUAUUUCAUGUGGUCUGUAUCAUAUAACAUUAUCCUUUCAGAUAGUUGUAGGGCCCCAUACAGCAAAAACUUUAAAGUUACCAAAGUCGAUCACAGCGAGCGCCAAACGUCAAUAAGUUGAACAACCAUGCACGUGUCUAUUUAAAUCUUCCCGGAGCUCAGUCUUUUGGCACACUUGUUCUUCGUUACAAACAAUGUUAUCAAACUUUUAAACAAAUCGAAAUAUUGUAUAAAAAAAUCAUAAUCUGCAGUCUGGAUUUCUUUCCUUACGUUGUAGAAUUAGCUGGAAAAAUUGAAGCUCAAUUCUAUGAAAGUUCGGUAAUAAAAUGGCGUGGCAGUUAUUUUAA